ACUAGCAGAUGGCAUGGGUACCAGCUCUGGCAGUUGGCAUCAAUGUCACUUUUUAGAGAUCAAUGAGAUAGUGCAGAGAUCCAUACCCAGAUCUAGAGACUCCAGGAGACGAUGCGACAUUCGGACUGAAAAGAUUUGGAAGACAAAAAAAUGAACACUGAUUAUUGAAUGACAUUAAAACCUAAGGUCAUUUAAGCUUGUAGAGAGAGCCAUGCUAACGCUCCCAUUUGAUGAGUCUGUUGUAAUGGCAGAGCCCCAGAUGUGCAGAAAGUUUUCCAGAGAAACUGAGGACCAAAAGCAAACUAAGAAACCAGAAAGCUUUUCAAAGCAGAUUGUGCUCCGAGGGAAACACAUCAAAAGGGGCCCUGGAGAAGAAACAGAAAAAGAAGAAGAGGAAGAUGACAGAGAAGAGGAAGAUGAGAAUGGCUUGCCUAGAAGGAGAGGCUUGAGGAAAAAAAAGACCACCAAGAUCAGAGUGGAAAGGGUCAAGUUCAGGAGGCAGGAAGCCAAUGCCAGAGAAAGAAACCGGAUGCAUGGCCUCAAUGAUGCCUUGGACAAUUUAAGGAAAGUGGUCCCCUGCUAUUCUAAAACACAGAAACUGUCUAAAAUUGAAACUUUACGCCUGGCCAAAAACUACAUUUGGGCCCUUUCAGAGAUUUUGCGAAUUGGCAAGAGGCCGGACCUGCUCACAUUCGUCCAGAACUUGUGCAAGGGACUCUCCCAGCCAACGACAAACUUGGUGGCAGGCUGCCUACAGCUCAAUGCCAGGAGUUUCCUGAUGGGUCAGGGUGGUGAGACUACCCACCACACAAGGUCACCCUACUCCAGUUUCUACCCACCCUACCACAGCCCUGAGCUCAGCACACCCCCAGGCCAUGGAACUCUAGAGAAUGCCAAGUCUAUGAAGCCCUACAAUUACUGCACUGCUUACGAGUCCUUCUAUGAGAGCACAUCCCCGGAGUGUGCCAGCCCUCAGUUUGAAGGUCCCCUAAGUCCUCCCCCAAUUAACUAUAAUGGGAUAUUUUCCCUGAAGCAAGAAGAAGCCUUGGACUAUGGCAAAAAUUACCAUUAUGGCAUGCAUUACUGUGCUGGGCCACCCAGGGGUCCCCUUGGGCAGGGUUCCAUGUUUCGGUUGCCCACAGACAGCCACUUCCCUUACGACUUACAUCUGCGCGGCCAAUCUCUCACCAUGCAAGAUGAAUUAAAUGCAGUUUUUCAUAAUUAAUGAGGAAAAUGAAAAUAAACAGUGGUCAUUCACCUCCCCCUUCUCAUUAAGACAAAGCAGAUGCUUGGGCCCUGUGAAACUGGCACAACUCAGUUGACGGUGUUCCCUAGUUUUGAAAGUGUGGUUUCAAAUAUUGUGAAAUUUUCUAUGUAAUAAUAAAUCUCUUUUCUUAUGAGGACUUCUUUUCUUUUUCUUUUUCUUUUUUCUUUUGAUUUUUUUUUGUCUGUAAAGCACUGUGAUUUUGUUUCUACUAGAUGUCUGGGGGUUUGGGGGUUUUGACCAUUUGUUUUUCGUUUUAAAUUCACUGAAUUUGUUUGAACACUAUGUCUGGACAAAUACUGUGGAAUAAAUACCUGCACACAGUCGACCUUGAUGUCUAUUUCGAUUGUACAGUAAUUAUACAAAUGCAUGUUAUUAAAAGUGGAUAAAUAAAAUCAUGUAUUUACAGUUA